AUGAUGCCUAGACCAAAAGUUGGUGUGAAAAGAAAAAGAGCUGGUUCGGCGGAAAGAAAAGGAGCAAAGUCCAAAAAAGGUCAGAGCUCUGAUCAUCAGGAGGAAACAUUGGUAGAGAGAGUAACACAGGCGGUGUUGGAAGCAUUAGAGGACAGAGCUGUCCCCGCCAUUCCAGACAGGAGCGAGUCCCCCCAGAGUUUGGAUGGUCAAAAAAUUUCUGGAGGUGUCAUUGGACAGCGAGGACGAACCAACAGCCAUACCAAACCACCUUUUGCAGCUAUCCAAAACACAGCUAUUACCUUGAUUGAGGCAGCUUUAGCCCCUAAUACAAAGAUUGUCUACAAGCAGGCCCUAAAUUGUUUUCAGACAUUCAUGCAAAGUUAUUACAAUACAUGCAGUAUUAAGGAUGUUUCUCUCGAACACAUUAUUAGUUUCGUUUCCUAUAUAUUUAGUAUAGGCAAAGCACCAAGCUCGAUAACAACAUACUUGGCAGCGCUGGCAUAUUAUUUUAAAAUGUCUAAUAUUCCAGACUUUUCAAAUCAUUUCUUGAUAAAGAAAAUGUUAAGUGGGGCAAAGCGUCUGGCCAGCUCUCCUGAUGUGAGGCAGUCUAUUACUCUGGAUAUCCUGGAAAACCUUUUAGUAGCAGUGCCUCAUGUAGCCAAUUCUAGUUACCAAAGAUGUUUUUUCAUGGCUAUGUUUAUAAUAGCAUUUUAUGCUUUCCUCCGAGUAGGAGAAAUCACAGUUCGCUCCCAUUCUAACCCAAACUUGCUGCUUUUGAGUAACGUAUCCUUCAAGACAAUAGCCAAAGCAAGUUGUAUGAUCAUAACAAUGACCAACUUCAAGCAUAAUCUGGGGAAAAAUCCUGUGCAUCUGGAAAUCAAACCUCAGCCAAUCCGCAAAUUUUGUCCUGUGCAAAUCAUGAAGAAUUAUCUCAAAGUGAGAGGUGUGAAGGAUGGACCUCUGUUUUGCUAUGGCUCUGGAAGGCCUAUAUCCCGUUCAGAAUUCUGCAAGGUGCUGAAAUCGGCUCUGAAGUUCUCAAAGUUGGACAGUCAUAAAUUCAAAGCACACAGUUUCAGAAUAGGAGCGGCAACUCAGGCUCACCUGCAGGGCUUCUCAGAUUCACGAAUAAGAGUUAUGGGAAGAUGGCACCCCGAGUCAUUUCAGAGAUAUAUCAGGGUGUCCUUGUUUCCAACAUUGUAG